UCCGAGGCGAGAACACCGGGUGCCGCCGCUGGGCCAGGGAGGGACUGAAAUCAGCUGGGAAGGCGUUUUCCCCUGGGCUGUUACCCUCGAGGACCCGGAGCCGAGGCGGGCGAGGGCGAGAACGGAGUUGGAGAGGUGGCAGCCGCCAAGUUGCACGGGGCGUUGAGGCAUUUGCUUUCCGCACUGUUUAUCUAGCAGACGACGAGGCAAUUUAUGCAACAGUAUCCUGUUUCAGCACUGCCAAGGCUAUGCGAGAACGCGGUCCGGACAGCCUGGCAGGACUCGUGCUGUAUGUAGGACUCUUCAGGCACCCCGGGAUGCUGCACAGGGCCAAGUAUAGCCGCUUUCGGAACGAGUCCAUCACGUCCUUGGACGAAGGCAGCCCCGGAGGCUCGGCGGGGAACAAGGGCUCGCCGCAGCCUCCCUACCCCGCCCUGGCACCUCACCUGCCGGCUGAAGAUGCCACCUUGGCGUCCCAGGAGAGCCCCACCCCACUAUGCACCUUGAUCCCUCGCAUGGCCAGCGUAAAGCUGGCCAACCCAGCCACCUUGCUGAGUCUGAAAAACUUUUGCUUGGGUACCAAAGAGGUACCUCGACUCAAGCUCCAGGAAAGCCAAGACCCGGCUCCCAGCAGCCCGGCUUCCCCUGAAACCAGUCUGAAUAGGGCCAUGCCGGCACCUCCGCCUCAGCGGGACGCCCUGGGGCACAGGGCGACCUCUUUAACUCCUGAAGCCUGUCCCCUUCCCAGCCCUGGGGAGCCAACCCCCGGGAGCAGGCAGGACAAGCACUCUUUGCAGCACCUGUUGGGGAUGGGCAUGAACUACUAUGUGAGGUACAUGGGCUGUAUUGAGGUGCUGCAAUCAAUGAGGUCACUGGAUUUUGGAAUGAGAACCCAAGUUACAAGGGAAGCAAUAAGUCGCCUGUGUGAAGCUGUCCCUGGGGCAAAUGGAGCCAUUAAAAAGCGAAAGCCUCCAGCUAAGUUCCUAUCCACAGUUCUUGGCAAAAGUAAUCUUCAGUUUUCGGGAAUGAAUAUAAAACUGACCAUCUCAACAUGCAGCCUCACAUUGAUGAAUCUUGACAACCAACAGAUUAUUGCAAAUCAUCAUAUGCAGUCUAUUUCAUUUGCUUCUGGAGGGGAUCCGGAUACUACAGACUAUGUUGCCUACGUAGCUAAAGAUCCAGUUAAUCAACGAGCCUGCCACAUAUUGGAAUGCAGCAAUGGAAUGGCCCAAGACGUCAUAAGUACCAUAGGGCAGGCUUUUGAACUCCGAUUUAAACAGUAUUUGAAAAAUCCUUCUUUGAAUACUUCUUCUGAAAGUGAGGAGGUGCACAUUGAUGACCAUGCUGAGGAGAGAGAAGAUCAUGAGUAUUACAAUGAAAUCCCGGGCAAGCAGCCGCCUGCAGGUGGUGUUUCAGAUGUACGGAUCAAAGUUCAAGCCACAGAACAAAUGGCUUACUGCCCCAUACGGUGUGAAAAGUUGUGCUAUUUGCCGGGAAACUCCAAGUACAGCACUGUGUAUGAGAACUGUCUAGAACAAAGCAGGGCAAUAGACACCCAGAAGUCAGGGGAUCCUAUCUUGGGGCCUGCCUGUGACUACUUGGGUAGUGCACACGAGAGAGGGGUACAGUCCCAAAGAGACACGUCAUUGAUGAAGCCCACGUGCCGAGUGGAUCUCUUCGACGACCCCUGCUACAUCAAUACGCAGAGUCUUCAAAGCACGCUGGGCUCUGCCGGAAAUCAAAGUCCAGCCCACCCACUGGGGAGCCCAUGGUACCGUGAAAAGGCACCAGAAACUGUUCAGCCAGGUGCCACGGCCCAGCCUGCCAGCUCACAUUCUUUGCCACACAUUAAGCAGCAGCUGCGGAAUGAAGACUGCUACCACGGCAAGCUGAGCAGGAAAGCAGCAGAGAGCCUCUUGGUAAAGGAUGGGGACUUUUUGGUUCGAGAGAGUGCAACAUCUCCUGGCCAGUAUGUGCUGAGUGGGCUACAGGGAGGCCAGGCAAAACAUCUUCUCCUGGUGGAUCCCGAAGGCAAGGUGAGGACCAAGGAUCAUGUAUUUGAUAAUGUUGGCCACCUUAUCAGAUACCACAUGGAUAAUAGUUUGCCAAUCAUCUCUUCUGGAAGCGAAGUAAGCCUUAAACAACCAGUGAGAAAAGAUAAUAAUCCAGUACUUUUGCAUUCCAACAAAUGACAGUAUGGAAGUACCAUCACACUGAUACUUCAGGAAAGUCCAUUUUGUAUUAGGACACAAAGAUAAUUCAUACUUGGUUUCUAGAUAAAUUAGAGCACAAACUGUGAAGUGUAUCUUUCUGAGACCAUCAUGGAAUAGGUCCUUUAUAAAACAAAGAACUAACAAAAAUUGAUCUUCAGAAAGUGAAAAUCAGAAAAGGGGAAGAGGAUGGGUCCCUUUGAAAAGAAAGUAUACAUAUGCACGGAUGUCACUUUUUAAGGCCAUAUUGCAUUGAUAACAAGCUAAAAAAAGCACAAUUAAAAUUUCACGUGCUGAAGACAACUUGAAUGAACUGCUGGGGCAGUGGUAUGUGCCUUUCAACUUGAUAAUUUGGGGACAUUUUCAUAUUGGGGAGAUUAGUUCUAAAUGUCUUCAUAUUCUAUAACUAUAGAACCAUUUGCCAAAAAAUUUUUCCUUGUUAUAAAAAUAAGAAGCCAUUUGCUUAAUAGUUAUUGACUUUAUUACAUUUUCCGUUUGGUAACACUUUCACCUCAGUGUUAAAAUAAAUUUGACAUUGAAUUUGGACUGUGUCUAUACCAGUGGAAUCAAAUCAAGGGCCACUGAAAGCAUUGGUCAGUUUCAUUGGCCUGUCCCAUUUGCUGUUUAAAGGGUUGGAGCCCAAAUUCUUUGGCCUAGUAUUUCUCAAUCUUUGCUAUUUGGACUGUUUGUAUGCAACUUAUGACAAACUAAAGAAGCCAAAUCUAUGUCAUUUCUGAUUUCAUCGUAUUUCUCCCUCCUUCCCUCUCCCCCUCACCCUUCCCCCCAAAAAAGAGCUCAUGAGUGCAUGGAUUUAAAAGAUGGCAAACAAACCAGUGUUCUUCAUAUUCAAUCUCUAAAUUGGUUCCAUUCUUAUUUAAAGCACCGAAUUUAUUUUAAAGUAUGGGGAAAUAUCCCCUUGAUUGGUGGUGACUGAAUCAUAGGCCCUCAUCUACAUGUAUCCUUAGCACCUUUUCUAGAUAUGACCAGACAAAAUGUACCAGGGAGAGAACACUGAAUGAAACAAUUGGAAAGGUUUGACACAUGCAGGCACACUUGGUAAACCAAUGAUGUAAUGAAGCGUUGUGUAAGGAAAAGCUCUGGACUGGGCCUCAGUGUGACCUUGAGCAACUUGCUGAACCUGUCUGGACUCCAGUUUCCUUGUCUAUAAAAUGAGGGAGCUGGGCUAGGUGAAUUCAUAGGUCCAUUUCAGCCCUAACAUAAUAUGAAUUUAUAAAAGGCAAAUUUUUCAUUUAUUAGGGGUCAGUGUUGAUAACCAGUCUGUAUAAUUAAGCUUGAAACUGCAGCUUUUUCCUUUAGUCUGUGUCUGUACUCAUUGAGAUCAUCAUUCAGAUAGCACAGAUCUGGAGCCUUUCAGUCAAAAACAUUGAAACUUUGGAAAAAUAUAAGUGAUGGUAGUAGAAGUAGAUUUGGUUAUUUUGAGUGGCAGAAAAUGGCUUCAGUCUCAGCCCUCUACCUGCCUUUGCAUGUAGAGAUAUGGCCAUUAUUUUAGAGUUUUUUUUUUUUUUUUAAUCUUGAGUUAUCUGGACAAUUGCCUUAAUUCCACUUCACUUUGGAUGUGUAGAUACAACUUAAUCUUUGUAAUUGUGAAAUGUUUGCUAAGUUUUAAGUAAAAUAUGAGAAACUUCUUUCACAUAGAAAUCAUCAGAAACCAAGCACACUGAACUCUAAUAUUUUUAUGUGAAGGUUAUGCUUUUAUUUUACUUUUACUGCCAUUGGCUUCUUAGAUAGGUUUGUUUCCUUUUAUACAACCAGGAAAUAAUGUCUUUUUCCUCAAUUUUGCAUACACCGUAGUUCUUGAUUAUUUGUCCUCGUAAAGGGGAUGAGCAUGGGUGUAAAUCAGCGAAGUUUGUGGGUGAUCUAAGUAUCUUAACAGAGUCAGAGCAGGGCUGUGGUCUCAUUCUGGUUGAGCAGAGUGAUGACUGGGUGGCCAGAAGAAGUUCUUGAUAGAAGCUGAUGCAAAGAGUAUAGCUGGCGUGAGCAGGACACAUAGAUGGUCAGUGUUUGACUGUAACGGUGUGGUAGUUGGAUGAGCAAACACCACACUUGCAACAACGGGCACAGUUAAAGGGAAACAACAAAAGAAGUGUUUGCCUGCAUGCUCUUUUAAUGUCACAUCCUUAUCUUCAUCUGUCUUAAGGUGGAAAUCCAUUUGCGUGUAAAUACCUGUAAACAACUUCAAAAAAAAUAAAUGAUUAUUGC